AUGCCGAAACACGUGAAAUCGCGAAGUUUAGAAACAGGGGAUUGGGAAAAUGAUGGGCCGACCAAGGGACGAAAGGCAGGAGGCACGGGAGGCAAAUCGCGGGAGAACAUUGAAGCGCUUAAGCUUCGGAUUGAACUCGCGAAAAUCGAAUCUGAUGCUAAGGUGAGGAUAGCCGAAAUGGAGUUAGAGCGGGAUAGGCUGAAAAAGAGGACCCGAGACGCAGAGGACAAUCUUGGCAAAGCAAAUUUUGACGAUUACGCUCGCAGGGUAAAAGCGGCACUGCCUAAAAUGCCGGAAGAGGAGGAGGCAGUACCAUCUUGGUUUCGUAUGGUCGAAGUAAUUUUGGAGACCUACGAGGUCCCGGUAUAUUUACAGGGACAAAUAGUUUUGAGCGUGCUAUCGGAAAAAUGCAAAGCGGCACUGACAAGAUUGUCAGUGGAUAAGGUCAAACAUUACGCUUCCUUGAAGGAGUUUAUUCUCGAAGAGUUGAGACUCUCACCUGCGGAAUACCUAAAGGGAUUUAGGCGGACGGAACGCUAUCCGGGAGAAACAUGGCCGCAAUUCGCGUCACGCCUGAAAGACCUUUAUCAGUACUAUGUAGAUAGUAGAGAGGUGGAGACGUUAGAAGGACUUGUUGAGCUAACAGUAGCGGACCAUAUAAAGACGCUCCUACCUCAGGACUCAAGGAAAUAUGUGAUAUUGCAGGAAGGGAAGGGAUGGAGCAAACCUGCGGAAUUGGCCAGGUUUAUAGAGAAGUUUGACAAGGCGUCAAGUAGCAUGUCCCCAACUAAAAGCGAGAAAAACGGCGAACAAAGGGACUCGUGGAGAGAGACGAAAGAGAAAUCUAGUCCCGUGACGCAGACUAUAGAUGAACACCCCCACAGAAAUGGUUGUUAUGUCUGCGGGAAAACGGACUAUUGGAGGAGAAACUGUCUGAAACGGAAGGCACAUAGUGAGCCUAAACAGGCCCGGCUCGUGGCUACUAGUAACAAUUCCCAGGACGAGAGGCGUUUAGUAGCGGGGGUAACGUCGUAUGACCAACCGAAGGUCAUAACAGCGCCGAAUAAAGUCAAAUUGGCAUGCGGCGGAAACUGUCUUUCGGCCAUAGUUGACUCUGGAGCUGGGAUUUCGGUUAUAAGGGAGUCGUUGGUACCUACCUCGGUGACGGAAACGAAGGGGAGAAUCCAAUUGGUUGGGCCCUUCGGUCACCGGAUCGAUGCGGCGUUAGUAUCGGUCCCGAUAGGGCUGUGGGAGAAAGACUUCGCAGGGUCGCGAAGGUCGAAACUGGUGACGUGCGCCUUAACGGACGAGUUAGACCAGACCACGGAUGCCUUGUUAUCGGAGAAGGAUUACCGGAUGCUAGUAGACCGAAAGCAGAAGCUCCAGGGAAAGGGAGAAAGGCAUGUAAGGAGUUUGAGGGUAGAUGGGAACGGAAACCAUCAGGGAAAGGAACCGGAACCUCUCUCAGAGGCGGGGUGCAGUGAAAAUAGCACCGAAAACGAGAAAGGAACAGAAGUACGAGACGCCCAAGUCCGGGACGAGUCAUUUUCUCGAUUGUGGGAGGCCGCUAAGCAUAAGGAAGAUGGGUUAACUGUAGAGGACGGGAUACUAUAUCGGCAAGAUAGUUCGUUCGGCAGGCCCAUUAAUCAGGUAGUUGUUCCCCAAAAACAGAGAACGGAAGUGUUAGAUUUAGCACACAAAGCUCCGUGCAAUGGACAGUUUGGCAGUCGGAAAUUGGCAAGUCGCGUUCGCGAGGGCUUCGAUUGGCGGGAAUGGCGACCGACAUCCGGAAAUACUGCCAGGAUAGUCGUAGGUGCUUAG